AUGACCAACCCAAUCACCUCCCCGCCCCUGCAGGUGAUCCGCACCGACACCUUCAAGCACCUGCGCCACCUGGAGAUCCUCCAGCUCAGCCGCAACCUGGUGCGCAAGGUGGAGGUGGGCGCCUUCAACGGGCUGCCCAACCUCAACACGCUGGAGCUCUUCGACAACCGCCUGACCACGGUGCCCACGCAGGCCUUCGAGUACCUGUCCAAGCUGCGCGAGCUCUGGCUGAGGAACAACCCCAUCGAGAGCAUCCCCAGCUACGCCUUCAACCGCGUGCCCUCGCUGCGCCGCCUCGACCUGGGCGAGCUCAAGCGCCUGGAGUACAUCUCCGAGGCCGCCUUCGAGGGUUUGGUGAACCUGCGCUACCUCAACCUGGGCAUGUGCAACCUCAAGGAGAUCCCCAACCUGACGGCGCUGGUGAGGCUGGAGGAGCUGGAGCUGUCCGGGAACCGCCUGGGCCGGGUGCGGCCGGGCUCCUUCCAGGGUUUGGGCAGCUUGAGGAAGCUGUGGCUGAUGCACGCGCGGGUGGCGGCGGUGGAGCGCAACGCCUUCGACGACCUGAAGGCGCUGGAGGAGUUGAACCUGGCUCACAACGACCUGGCCUCGCUGCCCCACGACCUCUUCGCGCCGCUGCACCGGCUGGAGCGCGUGCACCUGCACCACAACCCCUGGCGCUGCGACUGCGACGUGCUGUGGCUCAGCUGGUGGCUGCGCGAGACCGUGCCCAGCAACACCAGCUGCUGCGCCCGCUGCCACGCGCCGCCGGCGCUGCGCGGCCGCUACCUGGGCGAGCUGGAGCCCGGCCACUUCACCUGCUACGCGCCGGUCAUCGUGGAGCCGCCGGCAGACCUGAACGUCACCGAGGGCAUGGCGGCCGAGCUCAAGUGCCGCACGGGCACGGCCAUGACGUCGGUCAACUGGUUGACGCCCAACGGGACGCUGAUGACGCACGGCUCGUACCGCGUGCGCAUCUCGGUGCUGCACGACGGCACGCUCAACUUCACCAACGUCACCGUGCAGGACACCGGCCAGUACACCUGCAUGGUCACCAACGCCGCCGGCAACACCACGGCCACCGCCACGCUCAACGUCUCGGCCGCCGACGCCGCCGCGGCCGCCGCCGCCGCCGCCGCGGCCACCGGCUACACCUACUUCACCACGGUCACCGUGGAGACCACCGAGGGCGCCGGCGGCGACGACCAAGCCCCUCAAACGCCCGCCGCGCCCACGGCGGCCGGUUGGGAGCCGGCCGGCGCCUCCACGGCCGCCCCGGCCACGCGCGCCACCGGCAAACCCUUCACCGUGCCCAUCACGGCGGCGGCGGCCGCCGCGGCGGGCCGGGGAGG